GUCUCCCUCCUUCUACUUUUGUGUGCAUUGAGAAGGAGUCCCAUUAGUCUUUAGCCUGCCUGCACAUACGUCUUCCUGGAGGCGUUUUUAUUAGUGACACAGACAGAUCGACGCGUGUGUGUCUUCACUAUGAGGACAAAUACCUUGAAAUCUCUCUCUGGAGUCCUUGCUCUGGCUCUUAUGAGCACAGCUACCUCGGCUGAUAAUGCACAAUCGAAUCUGGACGAGUGUAGGGUUCUGAAGGAAGCGUCUGAUCUCUGUCCCUCGGCCCAGUACAAGUCAAACGUAAAGAACGUUCCAGACGUCAAUAGUCGUAUCCAAGAGCAUUUUGAAAAUAUUCCCUCAACGUUGGAUGGACUUGACGUCCAAUGUGGCCAUGCCCUGCAGAAAGCACUUCGUCUGCUUGAAUUUCCGAAAUACAAGGGUCAUUCUCCAGAAGCCUUACCUGUGUGCUGGUCGGUCAGGAACUCCGUGUCAAGGGCCUGCUAUGAUCCAUUCAAGUACCUGUGUGCUACUUCAGAUCACCAUCGUGGGGAUAGCGAAGCCGCUCUGCAAGCGGAGAUUAGAGACAGUUUGUUUAUGCCGCUGCUCAACUCUCGCUGGGCAUCUUCGCCAUAUAUUCAGGAGCCAGACUGUGUCUCUUUCCAGGACCGCGAUCUAAAGUCUAUGCCGGGUGACAAUAUUAAAGCGAUUGACGACCUGGAGGACAGCAGCUUGAGCCAGGCCGAGGGUCGAGAAAAAGAGGAUAAUUGGUUAAAGGAGCAGAGUGUGGCGGAACUAAAUGGAGAUCAAGGUGGUCUGUUUGAUUUCCUUACCGACAACGACUCUUUGCCUCAGGCGAAGGGAUACCAACAGCAAAUGGCUGAGGCAACCUUGAAGGCUAAGCAUCUGAGUAGACGAGAUAGAGUCAAACACCACCAUCAUCAUCAUCAGCACCAGCAGCGCCACCAUCAUCAUGAACAGAAGCGCAGUACAGAGCAGAUCUCUGGAGCCAAAGAGCCGCAACCACAGUCGGAGGAUCACCACCCGCUCCAGGUGGCAGAUGUUGUGCCGGGCCAAACUAUUUAUGCUGUCCAUCAGGUCGAAGGAAGCACUGGCGGCGCUGGUGGCAAUGAGCUCUUACACGAGUCCUUGAGUCAUGCGGAGACCAAUAAGGAGAAUGGAGAGCAAGCUAAGGGACAGCAAAGAAUUUUGAUCCAGGGAGGGUCAGGCCCUGUUGACCCAGCCGGAGCUACUGGGUCACUAGGAAAAGCCAGCGCCGGCCAGUCUGACCCCAAGAACUUGACGGAUGCCACUAUCACCGAGAGUCAGGAUGGAACUGGAAGUCCACACAAAGAUCCUCUAAUGUUGGCAGCCAUCCCCAUCUUGUUACUGAUGGGUGCCAUUGUCGGCUUCACCGUCUAUCGCCGAUUUUACGAGAAUAGCCAAGGAGGCGACGUGCAAGAUGAAUAUUCGAGCGACGGCUACCAUCGACGAGGUAAUGGAGUGGCGCGUCGCGCGAUAAAACAGGAUGAGCUUGAAUGACCACGAAUGCUGACCUGUUCCAUCCGUUCUCCUAUACAGAUCUCCCGAUCAGAAAAGGCUCUCCAAUCCACUUUGAUCGUACUUUCCUCAACACGAUUC